GGCCGCCUCUCGCCGCCCAGGCGCCGCCAGGCCCGCUCGCGUCGCCACCGUGAAUUCCACGCGCCCAGCCGAGGUGCCAUGUUGCUUGGAGCUAUGCAGUGUCAGACCGUCUUCAAUCGGAGCUACCGGGCCGUGGCGCUGGUCCGCAUCCACCUCGCGCUGCUACCAGAAGCUGAAGAGCCGCCGUGAUGGCCGUGCUAGCCAAACGCCCGUAUGGGCAUCCGCUUCGCGGAUUCGAGUUUCUCCGUCGGGUCGGGCACGGCGGUGACGGGUGGCCGGCCAUCGGGCCAUUCCUCCAUCGGGCCAUUCCUUCCUCUUCGUCCCCUGCGACCCCUUGAUACCUCUUCCUGCCUGCGCACUGUUCAAAAUGUCUGCAGAGGACAAUAACAUGAGAACCGAGAGCAUGAUGAAACGACUACUUGAACUGAUGUCAUGGGGAGAUGGCGAACUAGGGAGUAGGGACUGUAGCAACUACUGAACUAGCGAGAAGCUCGGUUACAUUGCCUAUGUGUAACGUGCUGGAAAUUGAUUUAAUGUUGCCUAUAUUCUUCUGGGAGAGGACUUAUUCGGCAGCUAGCCAACAACUGAUCUUGCGUCCAAGACUUAUCGACCCAGAUUCAUACCCCCUCUUGUUUGUGAAAGAGGCUACAAGUAAUCAAGAGGAAGACGGCAAACUUUCAGCAGUGUCAUGUCAAUUUGAGGCUCUGUAGAAUGGAGAGGAAAACCCAUCUACAGAGGAUAUUUGUGUGUUGGAGUCAGAGCAACAUGGUCUAUACUAUAAAUCUGUAUGUUGUGUUCCUUGUUUGAUCUAUCUUUCCCGAAUUAUGUGAUUAGUCAUGGGAAUAAGGACACCAUCACCUUACCAGUUACCAGAAAUCUAUAUCAUGUAUAUUUGAACUAACUCCUUGCAAUGACCAUGAACUAAGCCAGGCGACUGUAACAAGAAGCUCACUGGUGCUGUUUCAGUGUUGAAAAAGAUUUGAUGUAGUUUAUUUUCUGUUGGCAGAGGACUUCAGUAGCCAGCAAACAGAUACUCUUGAUUUCAGGACUUCCAUUCUCAGGGAUGCAAUGGGCAAACAAUAAUCAAGAGGGAGAAGAAAAUUUUCAGUGCCAUGGCGAGUGGAGGGUUUGUGGACUGGAGAGGAAACCUCAUCGGCAGACAGGUGCAUGGAGGGGUUAAAGCAGCAUGGUUUCUUCACUUCCUGACAUUUGUAAUAAACAUGGUGAAUGUCCCAAUUUUGCUGAAUUUGGUCACCUACCUCCGAGGAACAAUGCAUAUGGGAGUUUCGGACUCUGCAACUACAAUCACUAAUUUUGUUGGUGCCACCUCCGGAUUUGCUUUGAUAGGAGCUUUCCUCUCGGACUCUUACAUCACUCGUUCUAGAACUAUACUUCUCUUUGGUCCAUUGGAGUUUCUGGGCUACGGAUUGCUUGCAUUGCAAGCCUACGUUCCAUCACUUCAUCCACCAACUUGUAACAUUGAAGAUGAACCAAGUAACUGCAAAGAGGCCCAUGGUUGGAACGCUACACUGUUUUACACAGCCCUGUAUAUCAGUGCAUUUGGUGAAGGUUGCAUCCGUGCUUGCUUGCCAUCUCUCGGAGCAGACCAGUUUGACCAUGAAGUUCCCUCUGAGUCCCACCAACAGUCCAGCUUCUUUAACUGGUUCACCUUUGGGAUCUCCUUUGGAGGUUUUGUGGGGCUAAUUUUCAUUGUGUGGCUUGAGAACUACAAGGGGUGGGACAUUGCACUUGGCCUGUCUGCUAUCCUAAUUCUGCUUGGGUUGCUUGUGUUUGCGGCUGGCCUCCCUUUUUACCGCAACCAAGUACCUGAAGGAAGCCCUCUAGCUCGAAUCCUGCAGGUUCUUGUGGUUGCAUUCAGAAAUAGGAGGUUUGGGCUGCCUGAGGAGCUGGAAGAAGCACAUGAAAGCAGUGCUGAGCGAGGCUCUACUAAAGCACUCUCCCAAACAAAUAGCCUCAAAUUCCUCGAUAAAGCUUGCAUUAACCAUGGCAAAGAAGGAGCCUGGUCACUUUGCAGUGUGACGAAGGUGGAGGAGACGAAGACUGUGCUCCGUAUGCUUCCUCUGUUUGUCAGCUCCAUGAUCGGAUAUGUAUCAAACCCUAUCAUCUUCACAUUCACCGUGCAGCAAGGUGGCAUGACAAACACAAGGCUGGGCAAGAUCCAUGUUUCCCCCGCGACACUCUUCAUCAUCCCCAUCACCUUCCAAAUGGUAAUGCUUGCCAUCUAUGACCGAUUCAUUGUGCCAUUCUUGCGCAGGCGCACAGGCUAUGCCAGUGGCAUCACCCAUUUGCAGCGCAUUGGCAUAGGUUUCGCCUCCAUGAUACUUGCAUCAGUCAUCGCAGCAGUUGUUGAGAGAAAGAGAAAAGAAGCUGCAGUGCAGAUGUCCCUGUUCUGGCUUGCGCCUCAGUUCUUCCUGCUGGGCGUGUCGGACGUGACUUCGUUUCCUGGGCUCCUUGAGUUCUUUAACAGUGAGGCGCCACGAGGCAUGAAGUCCAUCGCCACAGCCUUGUUCUGGUGUGAGAUAGGGCUUGCUUCGUUGCUGGCCACCUUCCUGGUGCAAGCAGUGAACAGCAUCACCAGGCAUGGGCACUACGGAGGGUGGCUCGAGGGUUCAAGCCUGGACAGCAGCCAACUCGACCUGUUCUACUGGGUUGUGGCUGUUAUCGGUUUGCUUGGUUUCCUUAACUACUUGUACUGGGCAAAGAAGUACGUCUACCGCCAGGAUACACGCAUCGUUGAUGAGCCAUCAGUUGAUCAAGAUUCACAUUGAACUUCCACAUUCGAACCGUUCUUUACUUCAGAAAGGUGAAGCUGGUUCUGGUUCACAGUGCCACUUAUCAGUCAAGCUGCAAAGCAGUAUCUGUAUUUGGAUUGUUAGUAUAAUUUCAUCCAUGAUAUUGUCACAUCAAUUGCGAUACUGAACUCGAUUAUAAUUAAUAAAUGCGGCA